UCACCUGAACCACACAACAUAUCCAUACACACAGACUGACGAGACUGCGAAACGCUGCACAGCCAUCCUCCUCUGUCCCUCUGUCUCUCCCUCUCUCUCUCUGGAAUUCUCGUAUGCAUUCACAAGAAUAGUGAUGAGCAAUUCGAAUAAAAUUUCUACGCAUUCGUCGUCGUCAUCAAUGGCGGCGAAUUCGACGCCCACGGACAGUUCUGGUAAGAAGGUACGGAAGCCCUAUACUAUUACCAAGUCCAGAGAGAGUUGGACUGAAGAAGAACACGAUAAGUUCCUCGAAGCUCUUCAAUUGUUUGAUCGCGACUGGAAGAAAAUCGAAGACUUUGUUGGUUCCAAGACAGUAAUUCAGAUACGAAGUCAUGCCCAAAAGUAUUUUCUAAAGGUCCAAAAGAACGGAUCAGUAGCACAUGUUCCACCACCUCGCCCCAAACGCAAGGCCACACAUCCCUAUCCACAAAAAGCUCCCAAAAAUGUUUUAUUGCCACUUCAAGCAUCAUUGGGCUAUGCAUCUUCCCUGAGUGGGCUUGCAUCUGGAUACUCUCCAUGGGAUCAUGACACCUCCCUGCUUAUGAGCCCAUCUGGUCGAAUCUUACCACCACAAGAUGAAAUUGAAUAUGAUCUCCAUGGAUAUGAAGGCGUUCAUGCAUCUGACACUGGAUCAAAGGGGACAGGAAGGAGUAGUGGUAUAGGAAGCUCAAAUAGAGAAAUGCCAAGUUCUGAACAAGGUUCUGUCCUCUAUGGUACACCGGAUUUCUCUGAAGUUUAUAGCUUUAUUGGAAGUGUUUUUGAUCCAGAGAGUAAAGGGCAUGUGCAGAAACUAAAGGAGAUGGAUCCUAUAAACUUUGAAACAGUGUUACUGUUGAUGAGAAACCUGACAGUGAACUUAUCAAGUCCAGACUUUGAGCCAAUGAGAAAGGUUCUGUCAUCAUAUGAUGUGAAUUCCAAAAGUAUAGGAGUUUCUGCAUGCAAUGUUUACCAAGAAUCAGAGCCAUAAUUACUAUAUAUAUGUAAACUACAAAUGAGAAUGCAUCAUGCACAAAGAUCAAGAAAGUCGCAUCCCAAAUAUCAUCGCAUGUGAAGAUGGUCAUAUAACUCAUAUGGUUAGUGCUACGUUUUUUUUUUUUUUUUUGCAUAUGGUGCUUCUUCUUCUUGUAUUUUUUUAAUGUGAUGAUUUCGUGAGUUGUAUAUUUGUAAGAGUGGUGUUGCUACAAAAAGUAACAGAGGGAGAAGUAAUCCAUAGGAUUAAUAAAUAAUCAAAAGAAAAAAAUUGUCUUGUAAACCAACUUAAAUGUUUUUUUUUUUAUUUAAUGGAAAAGGAACUUUUCAAAGUGUCA